AUGGGUAGACGAUCAGGCGCGUGGUCCAGAGGAUCUAAUAAAAAAAGUGUCUUAUUUUACACGACUGACUGCGGAGGUGAAGACGAGAAUGAAGAUAUCGCGCUAAGUCUACAGCAGCGUUCAGCUUCACUGACGGCGCUGCAUAGCGUGGAGCCAGCAGUUUCGUCGCAGCAAUUUCUGCUACAGGAGCCCAGAAUGGCGCAAUUGGAGACUUUGGAGGCUAAGGGUGGAAGUCUUACCGGUGCAAUAACCUUGUCUGCCGGUCACAAGAACAGAGAUUACUAUAAAGAGGUCGACGCUCUUAGGGUUGCCCUUCGGGACAAGGAAAACGUUAUUCAAACUCUCAAGAGCCAACUGUGUAAUAAUCUAAGUAAUCGACUAGCUUUAAGAAAUGGAGUAAUUCAAAGCCCGCUUAAUGAAACCGAUAGAAAAGCCACUGAGGAGCGAGUUAAUAAGCUGGAACGAGAGGCCGAUAAUAAACGGCUGGCCAUUAAAAAUCUUAAGCUUGCUUUAGAGAGGCUAGACAUUACCGACAACAUUGACACAAGGAUUCAACAAGCGGAAUUAGAAUAUCGAUUAGGCCGAGAAGAAUUGGAGCUACUCUCGGUGAUGGAAGAAAUGAGAGCACUGCAAGCGGCAUUGGAGUUUGCAGAUACUCAAGAGAAGCAAAAAAAUGACUCUAUUUUUAGCUGCAUAAACGAAGCCCGGGGAACAAAGUCAAUGAAUUUGUCAGUGUUUGCCAUAGAAGUGAGCGCUGAUCCCAAAAGCCCAAGAUUUGGAGCAGGUCUACGAGACAAUGCUCCUGGAUUGUAUGUCGAUUGGGCAGUCGAGGACUCUGGUCUCCAGAAAGAAGAUAGAUUGUUGGAAGUUAACGGAAAGCUGGUGGUGACUGCGUCAGCUGCAGAUUUGUCAAGAUUACUGGCAGUCACCCCCGAAGCGGCACAUAUAGUCGUUCUGAGAAAAACUAAUGACUCAUUAGCGGCAUUACGAGCCCUCAGAUCGGAAAAUCUUCGUCUUAAUCAUCGCAUUAGUUAUCUGGAAGAGCAAGUACGUGACUUGCUAUCAUCCCCUGUAAGAAAAGUCUCCCCUGUUAUCGAUUCAACGGCUCAUCGACCAGACGUUCAAGUCUUCCAAAAAGGCCCGCAGAUGUCGCUAAUAACAGGGAAGAAAACAAUGCAGAGUUUAUCACCGUCAUUAAAAUUAAAUAGUCCCGAAACUCGUGAACAAAGUUUGCCGUCUUACCCCACAAAAUCGACGCGAAGUGAUGGUAAUUUGCGCACGCGAAGACAUUCAACAGAUUUGCUAUCAUCUUCAUCGCCGAACUUCAACAAAUUGCAGUCAGAUUUAAACUACAAGCUGAUGUCGAGUAAAAACCAGCGAAAGAGCUCAGACCGGGAAGGAAAAUUGAGCUCGCGAGUAUCUUCAGCAGCGGAAGCUCUGGAUUAUUAUCCGGAUAAUGAUCAGUAUCACCAGAGGCGGAAAAGCAGCACAAGUUUAGCUUGCUAUCAAUUAGGAUUAACCUCCUCGGCAAUUGAAUUUGAUUCAGAGCCAAUCUACUAUCGGGAGUGCGGAAACAACCGCGGUAAUGAAGACACGCAAUCAACUUGCUCGAGUUAUUUAAUUACGGAAAACCUCGGCAGUAUGGAGGAGCAUAAUAAGAGACCUCCAUUGACGGUGAUGCCAAUUGGAGUCCCUAAGAAACCUCUCAGACUCUCAUUACACCGCGCUACAAGUCUUCAAUCUGUCGAGAGUGCACCGCCCACGCUUUCGACAGCUGCAGCUUCUGCUGCUAGGAAGUCCCUUAAAAGAAACUAUCACGAUGACGCGGGAAAUGGCCUGCUGGAAAAUCAUCACAAGAAUAGACUCGAGAUUUUUAAUGCUGAUAGGAAGAAUUAUUAUGAUACUGAUUGUUACUCGCAAACUUCUUCCGCUUCUACUUCUCAGCUUCAUGUUCUGAAAACUGCUAAUUCAAGGACUGAAUUAACGGGGAAGAACAAUCAGUGGACUCCUCCUAAGUCCAGGAGGUCCAGUUCAGUGUCUACCGCUAGGGUGCGCACGGUAGCGCUUCGCGCUCGCAAGGAGAGCAAGGCUUCUCGAAUUUCUAUAAGUCCUUGA